UCCAUUAUGAAUAAAUUCUUAAAGAUAUAGAAAAACCUUGACACUUUCAAUUUUUAACAAACGUAGUAAAGUCAUUCGAUCAAAAUGUAUUUUUCGCAAAUUUUAAUUUCCAUUGGCGUUUCCCUACUCUUAAAUCAAUUUGCUGUGGCAUUACCCAUCCAGGAAUGUGCCGAUUGUGAGGCGAGUGUAUUUCUUCAUUUAUUCGACACCUUCGAUGAUCACAAAAGCUGUUGGGAACACACCGAAAUUCCAUUUAUUGCCAAACUUCAAAUGGUGGCCUUAGAGGAGAUGAUCACCAAUUUUGGAGUAUUGAAUGAAUCGAUUAAUGAAUUGGUGCCCGCAGAAUGUCGCACCGAGGUACAAUUAAAGGAAUGCGAUGAAACCGCAGAGCAGGAGGAACAAGAAGAGUGUCUGAUGGAGAAUCUAAAGACCUUGAUUUACAACUAUCGCGAUCAGGAACUCUGCUACGGUGAACCCUUCGAUUUUGAAAUGAAAGAGUUGUUGCGCCGGCAAAUGAUGGGCUUCUCAAGCUCGUUGUCAGAAAUUUUACCCGAGUGUAUAUAAAUUAAAUAUUCAAAAAAUUGUUUCAGGUAACUCUAAAAUAAAUAAAGAAUAUUUUUGAAAGU